GGCAACGACGACGAGCUCGAUAACAACUGACAUUGAGCCCGACGACGAUGACAGUUAUGGGUUCAUCUAAACUUCCAGUCUUGUUGCUCCCUCAUCCAUUAAUUCUACUACCAACUGCUCGACUCACGCUUCCUAUCAGUCGUUCACUCGCUGACGCUAUUCUCUCGCUCUUGGAUGAUUCAGAUGCAGUUCUCGCUGCCAUUCCACUUCCAGCUCCUGACUCGCCCUCAGAGGUUACAUACGGAACUGCUGCAAGAAUAGCGCGUCUUGUAAGACCAAGAAAUCAAUCUUCUCCCACUCAGCCCUAUCUACUUUCCCUCCACGGUGUAGAAAGAAUUCGUUUCCCCUCUCCAAUUCAGAUAGACCAAUUAGACACUCUUCCUGUUCAUAAUGUCGUCUAUUCUUCUUCUGAUGGAAUCCCCUCAAGAGACACAGUCGAAGCAUUCAAGCAUGCUGCUCUCGUACUCCUCGACCGUCUCGCAAAGGACUCUCCGCAACCACAACGCAAAGACGACUGGCUAAGAGUAGCUGCAAUAGUAGAGGAUAUCUCGGAGCAACGCGCUGCCUGGAUGGCAGAUGUCCUCGUAGCUGCUGUAUCAUCUCAAUACCCGGACAGACUUGCAUUCCUCGCUGCUACUGAGGUAGAAGACCGUCUCCGUCGCGCUACAGAACUCUUCGUCAAACAGUCUUCCAUUCAGGAAGUGUCAAAGAAGAUCGCAUCAGCCGUAGACGAGUCAUUUUCCCGCCAGCAGAAGGAAUACUUCCUUCGUCAGCAAUUAGCUGCGAUUCAACGCGAACUUCAUAGUUUACAAAGCUCUCCUGCUAGUGUUGGUCCUGGGUUCGGUACAGGAGGAGCUACAAGCGAGUUGGACGAUGACGACCAGGCAGAUGCAGAUGACCUUGCCGAUUUACGCCGCAAGAUUGAAGCUUUAAACGUUAAUUCAGAGGAACGCAAAGUCGGCGUUCGCGAGUGGCGCAGAUUGAAGAGGAUUCCUCAGGGAAGCGUCGAGAAUGGCGUUAUUCGCUCAUACCUCGAAUGGCUUACAUCUAUGCCAUGGCCAUCAAACUCAACCACUACCCCUCUUGACGUUCUAAAGGACCCCAGUUUCCUCACCAGGGCACGCGCGCAACUCGACGCUGAUCAUUACGGCCUCGACCAGAUAAAACGCAGACUUAUGGAAUACCUCGCAGUCGUGCGUUUGCGCGCCAUUGCGGAUACAGCUCAGACCCAAGCUCAGGGGGACACCCCCUCGACGGAUGCUUCCCUAGGUGUUACCCCCACCCCGCCGAAGAAGAGCAAGGGCGUAAAGGGACCAAUACUCUUGUUCGUCGGUCCCCCUGGGACAGGAAAGACAUCUCUCGGACAAUCUAUCGCAAAGGCUUUGGGAAGGCCAUUUCAGCGGAUAUCACUAGGCGGCGUUCGGGAUGAAGCAGAGAUCCGGGGACACCGGAGAACCUACGUAGCAUCUGGUCCAGGCUCCAUCGUUCAGGCUCUCCGGAAAGCCGGCAGAAACGAUCCCGUUAUAUUAUUGGACGAAGUGGAUAAAGUAGGACAUAGUAAUUUCCAUGGUGAUCCGGCUGCUGCUCUCCUCGAAGUUCUUGAUCCUGAACAGAAUCAUUCAUUUAAUGAUCAUUAUAUUAAUGUACCCGUUGACCUCAGUCAGGUGCUUUUCAUAUGUACAUCGAAUACCCUAGACACGAUAUCUGCGCCUUUGCUGGAUCGAUGCGAGGUGGUUGAAUUAUCAGGAUACACCUACGACGAGAAAUUGCACAUCGCGAAACGUUUUCUCCUCCCAAAGCAAAUCAACGCCAACGGGCUUUCGGAUUCUCAGUUAACGCUGACCGAUGAUGCACUGUUGCAUGUGGCUACGAUGUAUACACGGGAAGCGGGUGUUAGGAGUUUGGAGCGGGCAAUCGGGGCUGUUGUUAGGUUCAAGGCUGUGGAAUGGGCCGAGUGGCUUGAUAAGGGGAACGAUGCCGCGGGAGGGGAGGGGAACGCGAUGAGGAACGAGAACGGCAACGAGAAACAGGACGGGAACACGAAUGAGAACGGGGUUGGGAAUGAAUGGCGAGCAACAGUAGAACCCCAUGAACUCGAAAAGAUCCUUGGUAUACCCCGGUGGGACGGCGAAGAACGCGAUCGGGAGGAAAAACGGGGCGUCGUAUACGGGCUCGUAGUCACCGGUAUGGGUGAGGGGGGUAUCUUACCCGUCGAAAGUACCGCUCUUCCGGGGACGGGAAGGUUGAAGCUUACGGGGAGCUUGGGGGACGUGAUUAAGGAAAGUGGGGAGAUCGCAUUGAGUUGGGUGAAGACGCAUGCUUUUGAGCUGGGGAUCACGGCUGGGAGGGGGGUUGAUCCGCUCAAGGUUCCGGAUGUGAUUGAUGUGCACUUGCAUUUGCCUGCUGGGGCGCAGAAGAAGGAUGGGCCCAGUGCGGGCAUUGCUAUGAUAUGCGCAUUUGUGUCUCUUUUGAGCGGGGCGUGUGUUCCAAAAGAUAUUGCUAUGACAGGAGAGAUCACACUUCGCGGGCGCGUGACGCCCGUAGGUGGAAUUCGAAUGAAAGUGCUCGGUGCGCACCGUGCACAGAUCCGCAAGGUGAUCUUACCGUGGGCGAACCGUAAAGAUGUGGAACACGACGUGGCUUUGGAAGUCCGUCGGGAAAUGCAAUUUUUCUUUGUCAGGACUAUCGACGAGGCUCUUGAAGCUGCGUUUGGGCGUGGUGCGUUGGGAUGGAGGAAAGAGACUGUUCUGUUGGAGAGCAGACUGUAAUGUAAUUUCUCUUCGGAUCGCUUUGUGUACCAUUCAUCUUGGUCGUUGCUUUCUUUCGAUCUUAUCGCUAUGUAUGUACUCCCUGUAUUCAAUCUUGU